UCAAUUUAAAUUUUUUUUCUGUUUUAAAUCUAGAGUAGGAUGUGCAUUUGUUCCACGACUGGGCUAAAAAUAACGCUUUUGAUUUUAAUACAUGUAGCCGCAGGUUUCAAUGCCGCACAAUUGGCGAAGGACAUUACCAUGCUGGAUAAACUAGUGGGUCACCAUCAUAUUGUUCUCAUCAUAAGUAUAACAUUAUGCGUCAUCAUACUGAUUGUUCUUAUAGCUGCAGUAUAUGCAGCGAUUCGGCAUCACAUCUUGAUUCUAAACAUAUCUCUUGUUUCCUUGAUUUUAAAAUGUUUAGCUAAGGGGAUUAUCUUGGUGGUGUGUAUAAUCACCGAAAACAACUUACAAAGAACUGCCGCCCACUUUUGGUUCAUUUUAUGCUGGAUAUUUACGGCGGCAUGUAUGGUCGGGAAUCUUUGUUUCUCCAUGCGGCUAAGAGAAAACUUGAGAAAUGCCGACUAAGAUGAUAGUUUUAGGCACUAC